AUGGGAGGCAGAGCUGUGAGCUGUUUUGCUCAAGCAAACCAGUUUAACUAUGGAGUUGAUAAUGCUGAAUGGGGAAACAGUGUGCAAUUAGUUUCUUCUUUCCAGUCAAUUCCUUGUGAUGUAGAAAAAGAUGCAAGUCAUUCAACUCAUAUUACAUGUUAUACUAGACCAAUGCCAGAAGAUUUCUACACUGUCAGAGUCAGUGUGGAUGGGAUUCCUAUUACAGAAAAUAAUACCUGCAAAGGUCACAUCAACAGCUGGGCAUGUAGCUUCAAUGCAAGACGUUUCAGAACCCCGACAAUAAGGAGCAUCACACCAUUAUCUGGAACUCCAGGUGCAUUAAUAACCAUCCAAGGGAGAAUCUUUACUGAUGUCUAUGGAAGUAAUACUGCACUAAGCUCAAAUGGAAAAAAUGUUAGGAUUUUGAGAGUGUAUAUUGGAGGAAUGCCCUGUGAGCUUCUCAAACCACAAUCUGAUAAUAUGUACGGUCUAAAGCUAGACCAUCCGAAUGGGGAUUUGGGUUCCAUGAUUUGUAAAACAACUGGGACUUACAUUGUUUCGAGUUUCCCAGAGAAAACAACAUAUUUCAUUUCUUCUCUCAAUAAAAUUUCAAUGUUUCAAACGUAUGCAGAGGUCACAACUAUUUCACCUUCACGAGGAAGUAUUCAAGGUGGCACCACACUAACAAUCAGUGGGCGGUUCUUUGAUCAAACUGACUUUCCAGUCAGAGUUCUAGUUGGAGGCCAGGCCUGUGAUAUUUUGAAUAUCACAGAAAAUAAUAUAUAUUGCAAGACACCACCCAGGCCUCGUCUUCUCAGAAAUGUAUAUGCAGGUGGGAGAGGCCUAAAGCUGGAGGUCUGGAAUAAUAGCCGUCCAGUACAUCUUGAGGAGGUUCUUGAGUACGAUGAGAAAACACCGGGAUACAUGGGUGCCAGCUGGGUAGAUUCAGCUUCCUGUGCUUGGCCCAUGGAACAAGACACAUUUGUUGCUCGCUUCAGUGGCUUUUUCGUGGCUCCAGAUUCUGAUGUUUAUAGGUUCUACAUCAAAGGUGAUGACCGUUAUGCUAUUUAUUUUAGCCAGACUGAACUUCCAGAUGAUAAGGUAAGGAUGCCACAGACUGUGUUAUUGUAUUUUAAGCUCCCUGAAAAUAGGAAUAGUAUCUUCAGUAAAUAUUUAUUGAUUAAGCUGCAUGAAUUAGUCAUGAAUGAGAACAACUUUGCUGAUGCAGGUAUCUUACAAUAUUACAUUGAAAUCUUGCUGCAGGAGUACAGACUAAGUGCUUUUGUUGAUGUUGGGCUGUAUCAGUCUAGAAGUGUCUAUACUGAACAGCAAACAGGAGAUGCAGUAAAUGAAGAGCAAGUUAUCAAAUCCCAGUCAACUGUCAUUCAGGAAAUACAGGUUAUAACAUUGGAAAACUGGGAGACAACUAAUGCAAUUAAUGAAAUUCAGAAGGUCAUAGUGACCAGCCCUUGUGUGAAAGCUAAUUCAUGUUCACUUUACCAAUACAGAUUAAUUUAUAACAUGGAAAAAACUGUCUUGCUAUCUGCUGAUGCUCCUGACUUCAUACUGCAAUCAGCCAUAAAUGACCUCUGGUCUAUAAAACCAGAUUCAGUUCAAGUAACAAGGACACAAAAUCCUGAGAGCUAUAUUUACACAAUAACCUUCAUUUCAACUAGAGGAGACUUUGAUUUACUUGGUUAUGAAGUAUUUGAAGGGAAAAAUGUUACACUGGAUAUUACAGAACAAACCAAAGGAAAGCCCAAUUUGGAGACAUUUACUCUGAGUUGGGAUGGAAUUUCUUCUAAGCCUCUUACCCCAUGGUCAUCAGAAGCUGAAGAAUAUAUCAACAGAGGGCAAAAGACAGCUGAGACUGAUGCUUACUGUGGUCGUAAUUCCCUAAAAAACCCAGAUGUUCUUUUUGACUCAGCAGAUGUUAAACCAAACAGACUACCAUAUGGAGACAUUUUAUUAUUUCCUUAUAAUCAGUUAUGUUUAGCAUACAAAGGAUUUCUAGAAAAUCAUAUUGGUCUAAAAUUCCAAUACCAAGACAAUAAUAAGACUACCAGAAGCAAGGAUGUACAAUUUCCAUUUUAUUUUGCUUAUGGAAACAACUGGACCUACACUUGCAUAGACCUUCUGGACCUCGUACAAACCAAAUAUGCUGGGACUAAUUUUUCUCUUCAAAGGAUUACUUUACAGAAAGCCUCUCCAUCACAGUCGUUCUAUGUGGACAUAGUUUACAUUGGACAGGCAUCUACAAUCUCAACAUUGCAUGAAACGCCAAAGAGAAGACUACCAGCUUUAGCAAGUAAAGGAAUAUUUUUAAAACACUUUCAGGUGAAUCAGACCAAAAUAAAUGGAUCAACUCUGACCAACCAAUAUACUGUCAUAAUGACUACACAUAACUGCAGCUGUAAUAUCCCCAUGAUGGCUGCCAGCUUUGGGAAGAUCAUUACAAACGAGACAGAGAAUGAGUCUGUUUACAGAGGAAAUAAUUGGCCAGGGGACUCUCAGAUUCGUAUUCAAAGAAUUCAAGCAGCGUCUGCACCUCUUAGUGGCAGCUUUGACAUUCAAGCCUAUGGACAUAUUCUCAAAGGCCUCCCUGCCACUGUGUCAGCUGCAGAUUUACAGUUCGCUCUCCAGAGUCUGGGAGAAGCGGGACAAGUGUCAGUUACUCGAGAGGGAACCUGUGCUGGAUACUCAUGGAACAUCAAGUGGAGAAGUGUGGGUGGAAAGCAGAAUAUUCUACAGGUUAAUGAUUCCAACAUUGCUGGAGAAAAGGCUAAUAUGACAGUUGCAAGGAUAAAGGAAGGUGGCUUAUUCAGACAACGCAUUCUUGGAGACCUACUUCGUACACCCAGCCAACAGCCACAGGUUGAAGUCUACGUCAAUGGAAUUCCAGCUAAAUGUUCAGGUGCCUGUGGAUUUACAUGGGAUCCCAUGACUACUCCCCGAGUCUUGGCCAUAAACCCUUUUCAAGGGUCCUAUGAAGAAAACACAAUUCUAACCAUAUCAGGCUCUGGAUUUUUCCCUAGUUCAGCUGUAUCAGUCUCAGUUGGACCAGUAGGUUGCUCUCUUCUUUCUGUGGAUGAAAACCAGAUCAGAUGCCAGAUUCUGCACGGGAGCGCUGGGCAUUUCCCAGUUGCCGUGUCCGUCGCUGAUGUUGGCCUAGCACAGAAUGUGGGGGGUGAGGUAUUGCACUUCACCUAUCAGAGUCAGAUCUUACAUGUCUGGCCUGCUUCUGGAAGCCUAGCAGGUGGUACUGUGCUGACUCUAUCUGGAUUUGGAUUUAAUGAAAAUUCAAAGGUAUUAGUUGGAAAUGAAACCUGCAAUGUGGUUGAAGGGAAUUUGAAUACUUUAACUUGCAGAACACCAAAAAGAAUUGAGGGCACAGUUGAUGUUUCAGUUAUUACCAAUGGAUUUCACGUGAUAGCAAAUGAUGCUUUUAGUUAUAAUUGUUUACAGACUCCAGUGAUAAUUGAUUUUAACCCCAAAGAACGAUCAAUACUAGGAGAAGUUAAUUUAACAAUUAAAGGCUAUAACUUUGGAAAUGAGUAUACACAAAACCUGGUAUAUGUGGGAGGAAAAACCUGCCGGGUUCUUCAUUGGAACUUCACAGAUAUUAGAUGCCUUUUGCCCAGGUUGUCCCCUGGAAAACAUGAUGUCUAUGUAGAAGUCAGAAACUGGGGUUUUGCAUCAAAAAGAGACAAGUUACAUGUUUUUAUACAGUAUAUUUUGGAAGUGACCAACAUGUUUCCACAGAGAGGGUCCUUAUAUGGUGGAACUGAAAUCACUGUAAUGGGUUUUGGAUUCAGCACUAUACCAGCUGAGAACACUGUGCUUUUAGGCUCUUUUCCUUGCAAUGUGAUAUCAUCUUCAGACAAUGUCAUAAAAUGUAUUCUUCAUUCAACAGGAAAUGUAUUCAGGGUAACUAACAAUGGGAAAGAUCCAGAACAUGGAUUAGGUUAUGCCUGGUCCCCCUCAGUCUUAAAUGUGUCCGUGGGUGACACAGUGACAUGGCGUUGGCAAGCACAUCCAUUUCUUAGGGGAAUAGGAUAUAGAGUUUUCUCUGUAUCCAGUCCUGGAAGUGUAAUUUAUGAUGGCAAAGGAUUUACAAGCAGAAGGCAAAAAUCUGCAUUCGGUUCAUUUUCUUACCAAUUUACAUCCCCUGGAAUCCAUUAUUACAGUAGCGGGUGUGUUGAUGAUGCUUGCUCCAUUUUUCUCCAAGGAGUCAUUAAUGUGAAACCAGCUGAAACCAGGCACAUUCCCCUGCACCUGUUUGUGGGUAACACUGAAGCCACAUAUGCUCAAGCAGGGCUUGAGAACUUGCACUUGGGAAGCUCUGUGGCAGACUGCCUAGCAACAGAACCCCCGUGCAGUCUGAACAAUACCAGAGUUGACAACUCAAGUAGAUUGCUCUUUGAGCUUUCAAGUUGUUUUUCACCAUCUAUAAACAGCAUUAGUCCAUCCAUUGGAACAGUAAAUGAAUUGAUAACAAUUACUGGACAUGGCUUCAGUAAUCGCACAUGUGCUAAUAAGGUUACAAUUGGUAGCUAUCCCUGUGUUGUAGAAGAAAGUAGUGAAAAUUCCGUUAAGUGUCAUAUUGACCCUCAAAACUCAAUGGAUGUUGGCAUCAGGGAAAUUGUCACGUUAACUGUCCAUAACCUGGGCACUGCUAUCAGCACACUGCCCAGUGAAUUUGAUAGGCGAUUUGUACUUCUGCCGAACAUGGACACAGUGUUGCCGCAGGCAGGAUCAACUUCAGGAAUGACAAGAAUGACCAUAAAAGGCUCUGGAUUUGCAGCUUCUCCUGCUAAUGUUGACGUCCUUCUGGGUCAUUUACCAUGUAAAGUUCUAUCAGUGAAUUAUACGGACAUUGAAUGUGAAACACCCACUGCCCCUCAACAAUUUGUGAAUGUAAAUCUUCUAAUACAUGGUGUGUCUGCCCAGUGCCACGGGAACUGCAGCUUUUCCUAUUUAGACAGCCUCACACCUAUUAUAACAAGAAUCAUCCCCAGUAGUAUCAGUGGAUUUGUAGAAGUUCUUAUUCAAGGAGAAGGCUUUGGGACGAUCUUGGAGGACAUUGCUGUUUUCACGGGGAGUCAACAGUUCACAGCAAUGGAUGUUAAUGAGAAUAACAUCACUGUUCUUGUGACUCCUCUCCCAGCUGGACUUCAUUCUCUUAGUGUUGUGGUGGGAGCCAAAGGCUUGGCUCUGGGAAACCUUUCUGUCAGCAGCCCUGCAGAAGCAUCUGUCUCACCAACUUCUGGAAGCAUCGGAGGAGGAACAGUUUUGGUGAUCACUGGAAAUGGUUUUUAUCCAGGCAAAACCAUAGUCAUCGUUGGAGAUAACCCUUGCGAAAUUAUUUCUGUCAACUCCAGUGAAGUCUACUGCUCUACCCCAGCAGGGGAAGCUGCAACGGUUGAUGUAAAGAUCUUUGUUAGUGCAGUAGCUUACCCGCCUCUGUCAUAUACAUAUGCCCUGGAGGAUACUCCAGUUCUUGGAACAAUUGUCCCAAGUAGAGGUCCACCAGGAACUGAAAUUCAAAUCACUGGAUUUAAUUUUGGUGUUGAUAUCUUGGAAGUUUCAGUGAUGAUCGAUAACAUUCAGUGUAAUGUCACCAUGGUCAAUGAUAGUGUUUUGCACUGCAUCGUUGGGGAUCAUGCUGGUGGCACUUUUCCUGUUACAAUGCACCAUAAGACAAAAGGCUCUGCUGUAUCCACAGUUUUAUUUGAAUACCCACUUGCGAUUCAAAAUAUUCAUCCAAGCCAAGGGAGCUUUGGCGGUGGUCAAACCAUGACUGUGACAGGCACUGGGUUCAAUCCACAAAAUUCAACUGUAUUAGUAUGUGACUCAGAAUGUACAAUUGACAGGCUUAGAUCUAAUUACACAAACUUAUUAUGUAAAAUUCCACCUAAUAAUGGCAGGGGACCUGAGCAAGCCUGUGAAGUAAGUGUGGUCAAUGGGAAGGAUUUGUCACAGUCCACGACUCCGUUUACAUACAAUGUGUCACUGACUCCACUCAUCACCGAAAUAGCUCCCAAGAAGGGCAGUACAGCAGGGGGCACCAGACUUACAGUCAUGGGAUCAGGAUUCAGUGAAGAUAUGCAGGAUGUUCAUGUCACCAUAGCUGAAGCCCAGUGUGAUGUUGUGUAUUCCAACAACACACACAUCAUCUGCAUGACAAACGCCCAUGCUCCUUCAGAAUGGGCUCCAGUGCAUGUCAACAUCAGAAGUACCGGCAUGGCCAAACGGGUAACAGUGCUUUCAUAUUUUGAGGCCCGGAGUGGAACUCUAAUAUUUGAUGAAGCUGACAUUGAACUUCAGGCAGAAAAUAUCCUAAUUACAGAUGGAGGCAUUCUUCAGAUUGGGACUGAAACAUCCCCAUUUCAGCACAAGGCUGUCAUUACCUUGCAUGGGCACCUACGAUCUCCUGAGCUCCCUAUAUAUGGUGCCAAAACGCUGGCCGUGAGAGAGGGUGUCCUUGAUCUCCACGGUCUGCCUGUUCCUGUGGUCUGGACUCGUUUGGCUCAGACUGCCAAGGCAGGGGAAAGGAUUUUGGCUUUACAAGAAGCUGUAACUUGGAAAGCAGGAGAUGACAUUGUAAUUGCAAGCACAGGGCACAGACACAGUCAAGGAGAGAAUGAAAAAAGGACCAUAGAAUCUGUAUCUGCUGAUGGCAUAAACGUAACGCUAACUAAGCCACUGCAUUACACACACUUAGGAAUCACUGUUACACUCCCUGAUGGAACUUUGUUUGAGGCAAGAGCAGAAGUUGGAAUUCUGACCAGAAAUAUCUUAAUAAGAGGAUCUAGUAAUGUGGAGUGGAAUAACAAAAUUCCAGCAUGUCCUGAUGGAUUUGACGCAGGUGAAUUUGCAACACAGACAUGUCUCCAAGGAAAGUUUGGAGAAGAAAUAGGAAGUGACCAGUUUGGAGGCUGCAUUAUGUUUCAUGCUCCUGUCCCUGGUGCUAAUAUGGUAACUGGAAGAAUAGAAUAUGUAGAGGUAUUCCAUGCUGGCCAGGCUUUCCGGUUGGGACGAUAUCCAAUACAUUGGCACCUGUUGGGAGAUUUGCAGUUUAAGUCUUAUGUAAGAGGCUGUGCAAUUCACCAGACCUAUAACAGAGCUGUUACUAUCCAUAACACACAUCACCUUCUGAUUGAGAGGAAUAUUAUCUACGAUAUCAAGGGAGGAGCAUUUUUUAUAGAAGAUGGUAUCGAACAUGGCAAUAUCCUGCAGUAUAACUUGGCAGUCUUUGUACAGCAAAGUACUAGCCUUCUGAAUGAUGAUGUGACCCCAGCUGCAUUCUGGGUAACCAACCCAAACAACACCAUACGACACAAUGCAGCCGCUGGUGGUACUCACUUUGGCUUUUGGUACCGAAUGAAUAACCACCCAGAUGGACCUUCCUAUGACCGAAACACUUGCCAAAAAAGAAUUCCUCUUGGAGAAUUCUUUAACAACACUGUUCAUUCUCAAGGUUGGUUUGGAAUGUGGAUAUUUGAAGAAUAUUUCCCCAUGCAAACAGGAUCUUGCACUUCUACAGUGCCAGUGCCUGCAAUAUUUAGUUCACUUACCACUUGGAACUGUCAAAAAGGAGCUGAAUGGGUCCAUGGUGGUGCCCUUCAAUUCCAUAACUUUGUGAUGGUAAAUAAUUAUGAGGCUGGAAUCGAGACCAAGAGGAUCCUGGCACCUUAUGUUGGAGGAUGGGGUGAGACCAAUGGAGCAGUGAUUAAAAAUGCCAAAAUAGUUGGUCAUCUCGACGCACUGGGAAUGGGGUCUGCAUUUUGCACAAUGAAAGGCCUGCGUCUCCCUUUCAGUGCGGGCUUGACUGUAUCUUCCGUACGUUUUAUGAACUUUGACCGUCCCAGCUGUGUAGCUUUAGGAGUGACAUCCAUCACUGGCGUUUGUAAUGACAGAUGUGGAGGUUGGAGUGCAAAAUUUGUUGACAUCCAGUAUUUUAACACACCGAACAAGGCUGGAUUUCGAUGGGAACAUGAAAUGGUACUGAUUGAUGUUGAUGGUUCACUUACAGGACACAAAGGACACACCGUCAUCCCUCACAGCUCGUUGCUGGAUCCUUCUCACUGCACUCAAGAACCCGAGUGGAGCAUUGGAUUCCCCGGGUCUGUCUGCGAUGCCUCUGUCAGUUUUCACCGUUUAGCGUUCAAUAAGCCUUCUCCAGUAUCUCUGCUAGAAAAGGAUGUGGUUCUCUCAGACUCUUUUGGCACAAGCAUUGUUCCUUUUCAGAAGAAACGACUGACUCAUACAUCAGGAUGGAUGGCUCUGAUUCCAAAUGCAAAUCAUAUUAACUGGUAUUUUAAAGGUGUAGAUCAUAUAAAUAACAUAUCAUAUACAUCAACCUUCUAUGGAUUUAAGAAAGAAGAUUAUGUAAUCAUAUCUCAUAAUUUCACUCAAAAUCCUGAUAUGUUUAAUAUUAUUGAUAUGAGGAAUGCCUCUUCAAACCCAUUGAAUUGGAAUACUAGCAAGAAUGGAGACUGGCACCUUGAAGCAAACACUAGUACUCUAUACUACUUGGUGUCAGGAAGAAAUGACCUCCGCCAGAGCCAGCCUGUUUCUGGGACGCUGGAUCCUGAUGUCAAAGAUGUCACUAUUAAUUUCCAAGCUUACUGUUGUGUUCUUCAGGACUGCUUUCCUGUUGAUCUCUCAUCAAGAAAACCAACUCCCAGGAAGCGACCAGCCACAUACAAUUUAUGGUCAAAUGAUUCUUUUUGGCAAUCAUCUCGAGAAAAUAAUUAUACCAUACCCCACCCAGGAGCAAAUGUGGUUAUUCCUGAAGGAACAUGGAUUGUAGCAGACACAGAUAUUCCUCCAAUAGAAAGGCUCAUUAUUUGGGGGGUUCUAGAACUGGAAGAUACAUAUAAUGUGGGAGCUGCGAAGUCUUCUUACAGAAAAGUUGUUUUGAAUGCUACUUACAUAUCCCUGCAGGGAGGUAGAUUAAUUGGUGGCUGGGAGGAUAACCCUUUUAAAGGAGAACUACAGAUUAUACUUAGAGGAAAUCAUUCUACCCCAGACUGGACUCUACCAGAAGGACCAAAUCAAGGGUCAAAGGUCUUAGGGGUGUUUGGUGAGCUGGAUCUUCAUGGAAUUCCACGUUCAAAAUAUAAAACGAAGCUCUCAGAAACCGCAGAGGCGGGUUCCAGAGUCCUGUCUCUGAUGGAUACUGUGGAUUGGCAGGAGGGUGAAGAGAUUGUGAUAACAACCACAAGCUAUGAUUUCCAGCAGACAGAAACCAAAAGAAUUGCGAAAGUCCUGCAUGAUCACAAAGUUCUCAUUCUCAAUGAUACUCUUUCCUAUACUCACCUGGCUCAAAAGUACCAUGUUCCUGGCACAGGUCAGAGCUAUACACUGGCAGCUGAUGUUGGGAUACUGAGUAGAAAUAUCAAAAUAGUAGGCCAAGAUUACCCAGGUUGGGUCAAAGAAUCUUUUGGUGCACGAGUCCUGAUCAGCUCAUUUACUGAAAAUAUGAUGACAUUUAGAGGAGAAGCAAGAAUAAGUAAUGUUGAAUUUUAUCAUGGUGGUCAAGAAGGCUAUAGGGAUAGCACAGACCCAAGAUAUGCUGUAACAUUUCUUAACCUAGGACAGAUUCAAGAAAAUGGCUCAUCUUAUAUUCGAGGCUGUGCUUUUCACCAUAGCUUUUCCCCAGCAAUUGGUGUGUUUGGGACCGAUGGAUUGGACAUAGAUGAUAACAUCAUUUACUUUACAGUGGGGGAAGGGAUAAGAAUAUGGGGGGAUGCCAAUAGACUUCGAGGAAAUUUGAUUUCACUUUCAAUUUGGCCAGGAACCUAUCAGAACAGAAAAGAUUCAAGUUCAACUCUCUGGCAUGCUGCAAUUGAGAUAAAUAAAGGGACCAAUACAAUUUUACAAAAUAACAUAGUUGCUGGAUUUGGAAGGGCAGGAUACCGCAUUGAUGGUGAACCUUGUUCAAGUUGGCAGUUCAAACCUACCCAGCUCUACUAUGGAAGAAAGCCCAGGGGAUCUGCCUGUGUAAUAACUGCAGCCACGAAACCCUUCAGGAGAUCAUUAAUUGUUGGAAGCAGCCCUGCCUUUAAUUGCUCUGAUAUCCUAACUAAUGACAACCCGAAUAUCAAACUUACUGCAGCCCAUCGGAGUUCUAGACCUCUAUCAGGUGGGAGAAGUGGGAUUUGCUGGCCUACAUUUGCUUCAGCACAUAACAUGGCACCCCGGAAACCCCAUGCAGGGCUCAUGAGUUACAAUGCGAUCAGUGGCCUUUUGGACAUCUCAGGUGUAACAUUUGUUGGAUUUAAAAAUAUUUGUUCAGGUGAGACUAAUGUAAUAUUCAUUACUAACCCUUUAAAUGAGGAUCUACAACACCCAAUCCAUGUGAAGAACAUACAGCUGGUUGAUUCUACUGAACAAUCAAAAAUAUUUAUACACAGGCCUGAUGUAAGUAAGGUGAAUCCAUCUGACUGUGUAGACAUGGUUUGUGAUGCCAAAAGAAAAUCUUUUCUUAGAGACAUGGAUGGCUCUUUUCUGGGGAGUUCUGGUUCAGUGAUUCCUCAGGCAGAAUAUGAAUGGAGUGGAAACAGCCAACUUGGAAUUGGAGAUUACAGAAUUCCUAAGGUCAUGCUCACAUUCCCUAAUGGAAGUAGAAUUCCUGUUACUGAGAAAGCACCUUAUAAAGGAAUUAUUAGAGAUGCAACCUGUAAAUACAUUCCAGAGUGGCAGAGCUAUCGGUGUUUUGGGAUGGAAUAUGCAAUGAUGGUUAUCGAAAGCCUAGAUUCUGACUCAGAAACACGAAGACUUUCACCAGUAGCUAUAGUGAGCAAUGGUUAUGUUGAUCUCAUUAAUGGCCCACAGGAUCAUGGCUGGUGUGCUGGAUACACGUGCCAGAGAAGACUGUCCCUAUUUCAUAGCAUUGUAGCUCUGAACAAAUCUUAUGAGGUUUACUUCACUGGCACCAGUCCUCAGAAUCUUCGACUGAUGUUACUUAAUGUUGAUCAUAACAAGGCUGUUCGAGUAGGAAUUUUUUUUUCCACACUUCAGCGUUUGGAUGUCUAUGUGAAUAAUUCAUUGGUCUGCCCCAAAAAUACAUUAUGGAACCCUCAACAGAAUCAGUGUGAAUUUAAUAGACAACUGUACACAGAGCAAUUCCUUCCUGCCCUGAAUUCCACUGUCCUUGGUGAAAACUACUUUGAUAGGACCUACCAGAUGCUUUACCUUUUGGUUAGAGGAACAAUACCUGUCGAAGUCCACACCAUUGCAGUCAUAUUUAUUUCUUUCCAAUUACCUGCUGUAACAGAAGAUGACUUUUACAGUUCCCAUAAUCUGGUUAGAAAUCUCGCCUUGUUCCUAAAGAUACCACAUGAGAAAAUCCGCGUCAGCAAUGUACUACGAGGGAAAAGUCUGCGGAGAAAGAGGUCCAUGGGACUCACAAUUGAAUUAGAAAUCGGAGAUCCUCCCACUCAGUUCACAAGCAAUGACCCUGCAGUCAUAGUUAUCCAGGUGACUGCCCAACCAGUUGAAAGGUCUGCAUUUCCUGUUCAUUAUGUGUCCUUUGUGUCCUCGCUCUCAGUGAUCACUCAGCCAGUGGCGGCACAGCCAGGACAGCCAUUUUCCCAGCAGCCUUCAGUAAAGGCAGUAGAUUCUGAUGGUAAUUGUGUAUCAGUUGGGGUUACUUCACUAACUUUGAAGGCUAUUCUAAAGGAUUCCAGUAAUAACCAAAUCAGUGGUCUUAGUGGAAAUACAACAAUUCCAUUUAACAGCUGCUGGGCCAACUACACAGACCUUACUGUUCUUAGAAAUGGACAAACUUUUAAGAUUGAAUUUGUACUGGAUAAUGUUGCUCAGGUGGAAUCAAGGACUUUCAGCCUGCCAGCACAGUCUGUCUCCAGUGGCAGCGGCAGCAGCAGCAGCAACAGCGAAGCAGCAACUCUGGGUACAGCGGCCCACGUGACUGUAGUAAUUAGCUGUCUCGCAGGUAGAAUGCUGCUCUUGGAAAUAUUUAUGACUGCAGUUUUUAUUCUGAAUAUGUGUCUAUUUCUGGUUGCUGAUGACAGAAAAUUCACCUCUGUUGAAGCACUAAUCCCUGUUGUGAGAAAAAAGAAGAUUCUACUGGACUUGCAGCUGAUUAACCUAGGCCAAGCCUUGAACACAGCCGAGUCUACCACCCCUCGCCCCGCCCCCCAGCGUUCAUUGGUUCGCAGCUCCGAAGCAAUCCGCAACCUCGCGUCUAUUGGGCCAGAUAGGUCCUGGGGCGGAGUGCGGAAGCGGGAGCUAGGAGCAACCGAGAACCGCCUUCAAGGAGGAGGUGAAGGGGAGGGACUGAGGGAGGGCUUCCCGGGGAGGAGGUGGCUAUGGCAGCUGCGCGGAGGCAACGGCGCCUGCGAAAGAGCGCGCGCCCGGCUUUGA